GUGACUGACCAUAACAACGCCAGUCAAAGCGGAAGUUUCUACCCUGCUAAAUAUGGAAGCUGAACGAGUCGAGCUAGUACUAGCCUUUAAGCAAGGUAUCCUCCUCUGAAUUUCCGAAAUACAUCAGCCACAGGAUAACUUUGUUUGGACGUCGUAAAGGACCAUUAGCCUUAAUUGAAUAGAUAUAGCUAGCGUGGAAAAAAUACGUUAGCAAGCUAGCCGGGAUUUUCUACAAGGAAUCUGGUGUAUGGACUUCCUGCUUUCUUCUUCUACUACAGGUCAUCUAAAGUGACAAUAUGAGUGGAGAGAAGGAAGCAUUGUUGGAAGAAAUCGAACAGAGUUUACACCCUCUAUCCGAGGAUAAUUUACUUUACCUGUGUGAACGCUGUGGAAUAGAUGGCUCCCAAGUUAAAGGAAAGCACCAUCGCUCUUUGCGCCGUAAAAUCAUGGAGGAAAUGUGGGAAAAUGCAGAUUCAGUCAAUUCGGAGGAGCAGGGAAUGUCUUGGUUACUCCGACUGAAAGAUGACAUCAGAAAGAUACAUGAAGAAUCUAGUGUGGGACCCAUGAGUCCCAGCCAGUCUGAUGAUGACGAAAUGGGGGACAACCCAAAUGGUCGUUCGCUCAGUGGGAGGGUCUUAUCAUCUGGGAAGGCUCCAGGGUUGAAAGUGAUCCAGCGAACUUAUAGCUGUGAUGUAUGUGAGAAGAGUUUCACUCAGUCAGGAAACCUACAAAGACACCAAAGAGUACACACAGGAGAGAAAUCUUACAGUUGUGAUCAUUGUGGGAAGAGUUUUGCUCAUUCUGGACCCCUGACUAUUCACAAGCGUGUACACUCAGGAGAGAAACCUUACAGCUGUGGUCUGUGUGGGAAAAUAUUUUCUCGUUCGGGAGCCCUGACUAUUCACAAGCGUCUACACACUGGAGAGAAACCUUACAGCUGUGAUCAAUGUGGGAGGAGCUGCAAAGAUGCCACAGCCCUGAAUGAACACAUGCGUACACACACAGGAGAGAGGCCUUACAUCUGUGAUCAAUGUGGGAAGAGAUACACUCAUGCAGGUGAAUUGACAAAGCACAUAUGUGCCCACGCCAGCGAGAAACCCAAGAGAUUCGCUCAGUCAGGAAACCUGACGAGUCAUCAGAAAACCCACACAGGCAGAGAGAAAAACGAGGCAGGUGUCGGGAGAAACGAGGCAGGCGGCAGAAUAAACGAGGCAGGCGGCGGGAGAAACGAGGCAGGCGGCGGGAGAAACGAGGCAGGCUGCAGAAUAAACGAGGCAGGCUGCGGAAUAAACGAGGCAGGCUGCGGAAUAAACGAGGCAGGCUGCGGAAUAAACGAGGCAGGCGGCGGGAGAAACGAGGCAGGCAGCGGGAGAAGUCAGGCAGGUGGAGAGGGAACCCACACAGGAAAGAUAAAGGAAGAAUCUACUGGGGUACCCAUGAUGCACAGCCAGUCUGAUGAUGAUUCAGGGGACAACCCAAAUGGUCGUUCGCUCAGUGGGAGGGUCUUAUCAUCUGGGAAGGCUCCAGGGUUGAAAGAGAUCCAGCGACCUUAUAGCUGUGAUGUAUGUGAGAAGAGUUUCCCUCAUUUAGGAGACCUAAAGAGACAUCAGAGAAUACACACAGGAGAGAAACCAUAUGGCUGUGAUCAAUGUGGGAAGAGUUUCUGUACAUCAGGACAGCGGAUUAUACACAAGCGAACACACACAGGAGAGAAACCUUAUAGCUGUGAUCAAUGUGGGAAGAGUUUUGCUCGAACUGAUUACCUGACUGAACACAAGUUAACACACACUGGAGAGAAGCCUCAUAGUUGUGAUCAAUGUGGAAAGGGCUUCACUCGGCCAAACUGCUUGGCCGCACACAAGCUAACACACUCAGGAGAGAAGCCCUACCUCUGCUCAGACUGUGGGAAGAGCUUCUAUACACCAGCAAAGUUGAUAGAGCACGAGCGAUCACACAAAGGAGAGAACCCUUACGGGUGUGGUCUGUGUGGGAAGAUCUUAGCUUGUUCAGGUUCCCUGACUAAACACAAGCGUGUACACACAGGAGAGAAAGCUUUCAGGUGUGGUCUGUGUGGGAAGAGCUUUGCUUGUUCGGAUUCCCUGACUAAACACAAGCGUGUACACACUGGAGAGAAACCUUACAGCUGUGAUCAGUGUGGGGAGAGCUUUGCUCGUUUGGGAGCCCUGACUAUUCACAAGCGUCUACACACUGGAGAGAAACCUUACAGCUGUGAUCAAUGUGGGAAGAGCUGCAAAGAUGCCACGGCCCUGAAUGAACACAUGCGUACACACACAGGAGAGAAACCUUUUCAUUGCUCUGUCUGUGGAAUGAGUUUUUCUCGAAGAAGCACCCUGAAAGUACACAUGCGCAGACACACAGGUGAGAAGCCUUACAGCUGUGAUCAAUGUGGGAAGAGAUACGCUCAUCCAGGUGAUUUGAAAAUACACAUUAGAGUACACACCGGAGAGAAACCAUACCGCUGUGACCAGUGUGGGAAGAGCUUCACUCAGUCAACAAACCUGACUAAGCACAGACGCGUUCACUCUUGAGAGAAGCCCUAAAGCUGAGAUGUAUGUUGUAUGAACUUCACUCACUCAUGCUCUCUGGUAAGACACACUAGUAGGAGUCACACUGGAAAGAAGCAGUACAGCUGUGAUGUAUGUGCGAUGAACUUUGCUUAUUUGUAUCUUAUUUCAUGGGCUCAUAUUGUAAAUGAAAUCAUGUAGAAUAUUUUAUAAUUGCUAUAGUAAGAGUUAAUGUUUUAAUUCUAUUUAAUUCAAAUUGAAUCCAUAUGUUAAUACAUACCACUUUAUUUUACUUUUAAUAAGAUUAAAUACAAAGCUCCUUUAUAAUAAAUGGCUGCUAUGAACUUUGGCAUUCCUUUUUCUUCACUUUGACCCUGCUGGUCAUCUAUGAACAUUUGAACAUCUUGGGGUGAGGGACAGAUGUAAAUGCAUCACUAAUCACAACGAUGAUAAUUAUUAUUAUCUGACCCUGCUGGUCAUCUAUAUCUUGGCCAUGUUCU